UUGUCCAAAGACACCCAGUCAGUAACCAAGAUGAGUUUAUUCUUAAGCCUUUUGCUAUUGCCAAUCUGGUGUCAGGACUGACAUGAGAAUAACGUGCCGCUUCCAGGCCUGAGCACUUUCCUGGUAAUUAUUUUUGGGCUGUUUCCCAACUUAGACUCAGGCAUGAGGGCAGGGAUUGUCUUCUAUCUCCCACCGUGCCUAGUCAGUCACUUAGUAGGUGCUCAACAACUGUUGAUUGGAUGGGCUGUGCCGUCGGGGGACACGGGGGCAGACGGGUAAUUAUUCCAACAACCCAGGGCAACAGCCUGCAGGGCUCACGUCACCGGUAUAUCACACGGCGUCCCCGGCCGCACCAGCUCUGCGCGAAGCGGGGGGACCCUCAGGCUCCCCUUCGGGCCGUCCCCCGUCUGGCUCCUACUCUGCGCUCCGUCCUCCCGGCCACCAGGUGCCCCCAGACCCCCAGCUUCUGCACCGCUGCCGUCAGAGCCUCGUCAUCUCUCUGUCUUUCCCUUUCCGCUGCCUCCUGCUCCCGGGAUCCGGGCGCUGAGCUCUGGGGCGCUCGAGGGUCCCCGGCGCGCUCGGCAGGCUCCCCCAAUACACCUCUCCAAGUGCACGUUCUCUGUCUCACGUUGGGCUACUUCAUCUUCGACUUGGGCUGGUGCAUCUACUUCCAGUCUGAGGGUGCCCUAAUGCUGGCUCACCACACACUGAGUAUCUUGGGCAUCAUCGUGGCCCUGGUGCUUGGAGAAUCAGGCACAGAGGUCAAUGCAGUCCUCUUUGGAAGCGAGAUUACCAACCCAUUGCUCCAGAUGCGCUGGUUUCUCCGUGAAACAGGGCACUACCACAGUUUCACUGGAGAUGCGGUGGACUUCCUCUUUGUGGCUCUGUUUACGGGAGUGAGGAUUGGCAUAGGAGCUCGCCUCCUUUUCUGUGAAAUGGUCUCGCCCGAGCCCAAGUGGUUUGUGAAGGCUGGGGGAGUAGUGAUGUAUGCUGUAUCUUGGUGUUUUAUGUUUAGCAUCUGGCGUUUUGCCUGGAGGAAAAGCAUCAAGAAGUACCACGCCUGGAGAAGCAGGCACAGUGAGGAGCGGCAGCUAAAACAUAACGGACAUCUCAAGACGCACUAGCCUAAGCUUGCUGCAGACAACAGAUUGGGUUUAGUCAGCCACGGAAAUAUGGCUGUUAUGGAAUCACAUAGCAAACUUGAGUUUCAUAAAAGGGCUGAAUUUGUUGAUCAGUUUGAUCGGUUUUUCAGCGGAGCACAAGCCAGUAUUAAACCACUGACUUCUACAGUGGCUCAGUUGUAGGAAGUGAGACUGCUCAGUGGUAGUUGUGAAUUAGAACGGUGAGUUGAGCACCACUGCAUUCCUUUUAGCUUGUUCCUGGGAGGCCCAGUGGUGAGACAGCUUAGAAAGGAACACACCAGUGCUAUUGUUCCUUUAUCUGUUUGUGACUCUCAACACACCCUUAUACCUUCUUUCCAUGGAGUGAUUUAAGUAAAUUCACCCCAUCUACUAUAAAGUGAGGGACUUGAGGAAGAUACAUGCCUUUAGCCUUCUGAGCAUUGGAUCAGGGAACUGGAUUUGUUUAAAUAAAAGGACAUAAAUGCAUGAGAGAAGGAUGGGGCUGAAACUGGCAGCUGUGGAGGGUUAGUGAGUCUCCCUGUACCAACUGGGUUAGGGGUCUCCAAGACCACCUUAGAUUUGGCUGCUUUGCUAAGAGGAUUCCCAGGACUCAGCACAUAGUCAUAUUCAUAGCUUUGACUUAAUUGAAAGGAUACAAGGAAAGAUCAGCAAAGGGAAAAGGUGACUGGGACAGAGUUCAGGGGAAACCAGGCCCAAACUUUCUCCCAGUGGGAUCAUACAGGAUGUAUUUAAUUCUUCUAGCAAUGAUUUAUAAUAGUUAUAUGUGAAAUGUCUACCAAGGAAGCUCAUUAGAGACUCAGUGCCCCAAAUUUUUGUUAGGGGCUGGUCAUGUAGGCACCCUUUGCCUGGCAUAGAGCAAAAUCCCUGACUCCCAGAAGGAAAGUAGAUGUUCAGCAUGAACUGUAUUGUUUGCUCAGUUUAGGCAUGGUGAGCCAUUCUUACCAGUUAAUGGUGGGAGACCUCCUGAAAUCUAAGUUCCCAGAUCCCAGCCAGGGCCAACCUUGCAAGCCGCCCUUUUCAAGGACAGCAGUUCAGGCCUGCUCUGUCAACUCUUUUCUGCAUAAAAACUGGGGCUAGGGCUUUGGAUGAGAGAUGAAUGAGGUGUGGGCAGAUUUACUGAGUCCUGUGGUACGGGUUCAGCCCUACCAGGAAAACCAUGCCAGUUCUCAGGGCUUUUGUGCUUUAAUCUCCUAGGCAUGAGAGGCUGUGACUAAAUUCCAUAGGGAUUUACUAUGUGGAUUCCACUGUGCUUGAGAUGGCAGUUCAGGUUUCAGCUCUGCUUAUACAUACUGCAAACUUGAACCAAAGACUAAAGCGUGUACUGGCCUCAGGGUGAUGAGACUAACAUGCUUUCAUUUCAGACACAUUCCCUUUUAGUCCUCUUACUGCUUUUUCUUUUCUCUAAAAAAGGUACCACUCUCUAUGGACAAAGUAUUAGGGUAAGACCAGCCUUGGAAGGAAAAAAAAAAAGUGUUUCUUAAUGUGAUGGUUUCUAAUCUCACCUAGGAAAAGCAAGAAUGCAAGCUCAGAAUGAGGGGUUAAGAAUCAAGAAUUGCUGGGUUCUUGUAACUAAUUUUGAUGGUGAACUUGCCAGAUCAUUUAGGCAAGUCACUUGUUUGCUGUUUGCCUCAGUUUAAACUCUUGUGAAUGAAUGAAAUCCCCUGUUGUGUAUUUCAUAGAGACAUUAUGUGGCAUUGUAUUAAUGGAGGUCUUUAACGAUGGCUUUAAUGGAAAAGAAAGUAUUAUUUAUUUGUUUGUUAUUUAUUUGAUACUUGUCAUUUAGAUCAGUAGUGACUGGUUAGCUUAGUCGGUGAGCGAGUGUAUGGGGCCAUUGAAGCCAAGGCUGAAGGUCAGUAGGAAGUGUCAGCUCAUUAUGUGGUCACUGGUAAUACUAACCUUGAAAAUGGAUGUCAUUGGCCAGGCUUGCAAGAGUGGUUGGAACUGUGUAAAAUCUGGGGAAAUUAUUGCUCUGGGAAGAGCAACUUGAAAGGCAUGUGAACGGUGUGUCCUUUAAAAUGACUGUCAUUUGGUUAAAGAGAUUUGCUGCCCAGGGAAAUAAUCGGAUUGUAGCAUCUCCCAUCUCUUCUUUUCUAUGACCAGUAUGCCUAAAAUGCUGGUUAGCUUUUUUCCCAACAAAACAGGGGUCAAAGCAGGAUGCUGGGGAAUGCUGAUUUUAGCAAAAGCCUAGGAAAAAAGAGUGGCUUGGCGCACGAGCUUAAAAAAAAAAAAAAAAAGAAAAAGAAAAAGUUGGCUCUUGAAUUUUGGCACACUACAACCUGUUCCAUACCAGACAAAUGAGUAGCUUAAUCUGGUGCCGAUUACAGACCUUGCCGUUUUGGGGCUACUCUCAUGGAAAUAUCCGUAGGGUUUUUUUUUUUUUUAAUUUAGAGAAAUCUAAAUAAGGAUAAGGGAAGGAAUCCUUCAUUUAGCUUUUCUUGAUGUCAUAGCUAGUACUAUGAAGGAACCUCUUAGAGAAAAUAUGUGAAAUGAAGAUGACUCAGCAGUUAAGAUGUUGAGGUUUUCAUCACAGGUAAAUGAAGGAUAUGGCAGGACAAAAUGGAGUAUCAUUUGCACUGGAUUACAAUGUAAUAAAUACCAACUGCUCAAGAACGGUUUAUAUUUCGAUAAGAUUUGUACGAAGUUUUAUAAAAAUAAACAACUUUGUAUCAAC